AUUGCCAACAUAUGUGGGUUCAGCUGACCUUUGUUCAAUAUCUUACGACAACCCUUAUUACGAGGAGGCCCCACCUCAUUUCGUCUUUUCUUGCACAGCAAUGUGCCAAUAUUAGCACCAGUGUGUUUGGUAGUCACCGUACUACAGUCGUACUACUCCUGCGUUCUGACUUGAAGGCAUUCACAUUAUGGUCUAUGAAUACAAGGACCAGCCUCUGAAGGGUUUGUUCUACACUUAUCAGAUUCUCACCACUGCGUUUGUGCGUCUUCCUUUUAUUUCACUUUGGUAUAUUCCCCGUUCUCUACGGCCCAAGCCAUCAUGGAGCUGGCAGCAAUCCUUUGGAGUGAACUUGUUCAGGCAUCUCGCAUACGUGUCUUUCACGGCUGGAAGAAUCAGACUUGUGCCCGAUUGGCGCGCAAUCGUCCCCGCUGAAGGUGUACACGGAAUAUGGAUUGAAGGGGUACCAGAACUUGUGACCGGUGAACUACAAACUUGGGCUGAAGUUUCUCAAGUCGAACCGUCGCGGAUUCCUGGAUACUGGUACAGCAAACAAGGCGCAGACAUUCCAGCCAACGAGACCCCGGUUCCAGGUGAAAAGGUUUUCUACUGGUUCCAUGGCGGAGGUUACGUUCAGCUCUCUGCGCAUCCCAAAAAUUUCAAUUCGAACGUCGUAACUUCACUUUUAGAAUUGAGCAAGACUGUUCAAAGAGCAUUCGCUCUAGAAUAUCGCUUGGCUUCUACAGCACCUUUCCCUGAUCAAAACCCAUUCCCCGCCGCUCUUCUAGACGCGCUUGCAGGUUACAACCACCUUGUUAACGUAGUUGGAUUUGAUCCCUCCGAUAUUAUCAUCCUAGGGGAUUCUGCCGGAGGAAAUCUUGCUUUGGCUCUCACGCGAUACCUCAUUGAAAACAAGGAUAGUCCUGUAAAGCUCCCCGCGCCUCCACACAGUAUGAUCCUUUUGUCACCAUGGGUUGACCUUAGUCCUUCUCACAAUCACCUGGGCUCUUCGACUCUCCAUAACAACGUGGACUAUCUUCGGAGACAGGAUUCUGGAGCAAGUUUAUACUCGAUUGAAGCGUUUGUUCGUCCAUACGGUCUAGGCGCUGCGCUAAUGAAUCGCUACAUCUCACCCGCAUCGUUACACCCUUCUUGUUGUGCACAUUUCGUAGGGUUCCCUAGGACAUUUAUCGCUGUGGGCACAGAAGAGAGGUUCCUGGACCCAGUGAGGACGCUGAAGAAAAAGAUGACUGCUGAUAUGGGCGAAGGUAAAGGCGAAGGCCAGGUUACUUACUACGAGGCUUUAGAUGCAGUGCAUGACUAUCUUACUCUCAAAUGGCAUGACUCGGGGCGUGAAGGUACAUUGAAAGCACUCGCGGACUGGUUACCGUAGGGUGGUCUUACUGUAAAUCUUACCGUUUCGUGACUAUAGUUGUUCCUGGCUUAUUCCCUUCUGGAUAUUAAAUGUACUUCAUUUCAAUAU